CUUUCGCGGUACUUUCAAGAUGAUGCUAGGUAGCCAUGCUACUGGUAGCUGAUAUGCGACUGCUCUGUUAUGAGGAUUAAUGCGCUCCAUUUUGCGCUGUUUUUGUUGCUUUGACUACAAACAUUACUUUCAUAGCGCAACAUGACGUCCCGUGAGAUAGCGUCUUGCAGCUGUGUUACGUGUGAACCUGGGACGUGUGAAGCAUCAUAGCAACGCUAAGCUAGCAUGCUAGCUGAAAGAGCCAGACAUUGGCGUCUGGGCCUCAAGUGGAACACGGCUGUCCACAUCACGGUUGAUUGUUGUUGUGGCUACUUAUUAAUGCAACUGUUACUUACUUACUAGCUAACUUAAUGGACGGCUGCGUAGUGGUACUUUUAGGUCCCAUGAUGUCGCCAGAAACGGACAAUGUUAGUCUACACUCGCUUUAACGGCAUUGCUACAUUGUAGACUGUAGUGUACAAUUAGUGGAAUUUAGUUCACAACAGUUACCGUAAUAUCGGUCAAGUUGUUGCUGUUAGUAACUACAUCACAUGCUGGUUGUACUGCGUAUUUUACGUUACUUCAGCGUUACUUCAGUAGUAACGUCCGAAGAGUGCUGAGGUUACAGGUGGGGGCCAAAGGGUUUUAAGAACCCGUAUAUGUUGUACAUGCUUCCUAAACAGGUUGUGUGCGCGUUUGUGUCCUGUAGGAUGGAGUGGCAGCCAGACGAACAGGGUCUCCAGCAAGUGCUUCAGCUACUCAAGGACUCUCAGUCCCCAGACACAGCAACACAGAGGGCUGUGCAAGAAAAACUGGAGCAACUUAAUCAGUUUCCGGAUUUCAACAACUAUCUCAUCUUUGUCCUCACAAGCCUCAAAUCUGAGGACGAGCCCACUCGCUCUCUCAGCGGUCUGAUCCUGAAGAACAAUGUUAAGGCUCACUACCAGAACUUCCCUCCCAAUGUGGGUGACUUCAUCAAACGAGAAUGCCUCAACAACAUCGGAGACCCAUCGCCGCUUAUCAGGGCGACGAUCGGUAUCCUGAUCACGACCAUAGCCUCUAAAGGAGAGCUGCAGACCUGGCCGGAGUUGUUGCCUCAGCUCUGUAAUCUGCUCAACUCGGAUGACUAUAACACCUGCGAGGGUUCUUUUGGAGCGUUGCAGAAGAUCUGCGAGGAUUCAUCCGAGUUGUUGGAUAGCGAUGCUUUGAACAGACCCCUUAACAUCAUGAUCCCCAAAUUCCUGCAGUUUUUCAAGCACUGCAGCCCCAAGAUCAGGUCCCAUGCUAUAGCAUGUGUGAACCAGUUCAUCAUUGGUCGAGCUCAGGCUCUGAUGGAUAACAUCGACACCUUCAUUGAGAGUCUGUUUGCGCUGGCCGGUGACGAGGACAGUGAAGUGCGGAAGAACGUUUGCAGGGCUCUAGUCAUGCUGCUGGAAGUCCGCAUUGAUCGCCUCAUCCCACACAUGCACAGCAUCAUCCAGUACAUGCUGCAGCGGACCCAGGACCCAGAUGAGAACGUAGCUCUGGAGGCCUGUGAGUUCUGGCUGACUCUGGCUGAACAGCCCAUCUGUAAAGAGGCCCUGUCUGGCCACUUGGUCCAACUGAUCCCCACCCUAGUGAAUGGGAUGAAAUACUCUGAGAUUGACAUUAUUCUUCUAAAGGGCGACGUCGAAGAGGACGAGGCAGUUCCUGACAGCGAGCAAGACAUCAAGCCUCGCUUCCACAAGUCGCGCACUGUCACUCUGCAGCACGAAGGAGGGGAGGACGAGGAGGGAGAGGACAUCGACGACGACGAUGACGACGACGACGACACACUGUCUGACUGGAACUUACGGAAGUGUUCAGCCGCGGCUCUGGACGUUCUUGCCAAUGUGUUUCGUGAGGAGUUGCUUCCCCAUCUCCUGCCUCUGCUCAAAGGACUGCUGUUCCACCCUGACUGGGUCAUCAAGGAGUCGGGCAUCCUUGUGCUGGGAGCUAUCGCUGAGGGCUGUAUGCAAGGCAUGAUGCCUUACUUGCCUGAGCUCAUCCCCCACCUCAUCCAGUGUUUGAGCGACAAGAAGGCCCUGGUCCGCUCCAUCGCCUGCUGGACCCUCAGCCGCUACGCCCACUGGGUGGUCAGCCAGCCUCCCGACGCUCACCUCAAACCCCUCAUGACUGAGCUGCUCAAACGCAUCCUGGAUGGCAAUAAAAGGGUACAGGAAGCAGCAUGCAGCGCGUUUGCCACCUUGGAGGAGGAGGCGUGUACGGAGCUGGUGCCCUACCUGAGCUUCAUCCUGGACACGCUGGUUUUUGCUUUUGGGAAGUACCAGCACAAGAACCUGCUCAUCCUCUACGAUGCCAUAGGAACACUGGCGGACUCUGUGGGACACCAUCUCAACCAGCCCGAGUACAUAGAGAAGCUGAUGCCUCCGCUGAUAGCCAAGUGGAACGAGCUGAAGGACGAAGACAAAGAUCUCUUCCCUCUGCUCGAGUGUCUGUCCUCCGUUGCCACUGCGCUGCAGAGCGGCUUCCUCCCCUACUGCGAGCCCGUCUAUCAGCGCUGCGUCACCCUGGUCCAGAAGACGCUGGCUCAGGCCAUGGUGAGCCACACUCACAUGGACUCUACAGAGAUGUACAGUCAGCAGCCAGACCAGUACGAAGCACCCGACAAGGACUUCAUGAUUGUGGCUCUGGAUCUUUUAAGCGGCUUAGCUGAGGGACUGGGGGGCCACGUGGAUACGCUGGUGUCCCGUAGUAACAUCAUGACGCUGCUUUUCCAGUGCAUGCAGGAUACGAUGCCUGAAGUACGACAGAGUUCAUUUGCUCUACUGGGGGACUUGACCAAGGCUUGCUUCCCUCAUGUCAAACCGUGUAUUGCUGAAUUUAUGCCAAUCCUCGGGACAAAUCUGAACCCAGAGUUCAUUUCUGUCUGCAACAAUGCUACCUGGGCCAUCGGAGAGAUCUGUAUGCAGAUGGGAGUGGAGAUGCAGCCGUACAUCAAUAUGGUUCUGACCCAGCUGGUUGAGAUUAUCAAUCGACCCAACACCCCCAAGACCCUGCUGGAGAACACCGCCAUCACCAUCGGGCGACUGGGCUACGUGUGUCCUCAGGAGGUGGCGCCCAUGCUGCCUCAGUUUAUCCGACCUUGGUGUACGUCUCUACGGAACAUCAGAGACAACGAGGAGAAGGACUCUGCCUUCCGCGGGAUUUGCAUGAUGAUCGGUGUGAACCCAGGAGGUGUGGUGCAGGACUUCAUCUUCUUCUGUGACGCAGUGGCCUCCUGGGUGAAUCCUAAGGACGAUUUGAGAGACAUGUUCUAUAAGAUCCUGCAUGGGUUUAAGGAGCAGGUCGGGGAGGAGAACUGGCAGCAGUUCUCAGAGCAGUUCCCCCCACUGCUGAAGGAGCGACUGGCAGCCUGCUACGGCGUUUAGAUUCUCUAUACCCACCCAAGAGGUGAGCCAGCAGGAGGAGGGUGAAUGGGAAACUCAUCCAUCUGUGUAUUGCACUGCCCUGAUCUGGGGGGAGGGAGAGGGACGCUAUUGGCCGCUCCCCCUGACGGACGGCCCCCACGCCCUAUGUGUUUGUCCAUAGAGGGAGGGUGGGCGGGUGGGAGGGUGGGAUAAGAGGGACUCCUCUAGAUUAACUAGGCAGGGACCCGACACAGAAAAACUAACUGGUAGGGACAGAUAGAGAGGGACAGAAAGAAAGGAGACGGAGGCAUACACAAGUUGGGGAAAGAGGGAGGCAGGGAGAGAGACCAGCAGAGAGACAGUUCAGGGAAAGAGAGGGAGGGAAAUCCGUUACAAUGCAGGGAAACAGAGCCACAGAAAGGUCUGCCACUGGGAGAACAGGGACAGUUGAGAUUUUAAUGGGAUUGUUAAACUCGAGAGUAACCGAUAGCUUGACCGACGGAGACAGACCAAAACAGACUCACACAUACACUUGCACACGCUGCACACGGAACCGACUGUGGGUGGCACUAUUAUUUAGACUUUUUGAGACCUACUACGUGUAGUUAGGGACAGACAGACAGGGGUCUAAACUCUGUUAGUUUUCUGGGUGAUAUCUGUCUUUUCCGGGGAAUAGGAUUCACUACGAAUUACUUCAUCUGUAGUCACUGAAUUCUACUUAGCUGUAAGAUAAUCUCGCUGUCCGCCUCUGUUUCCUACCUUUCAUUUUUUUUUUUAGUGCUGCUUCACAGAGCUAUCCAUCUAUCAGACAUACUCCUGUCACGUUUUCUACCUGAUCGAGAGAGAGGAAGAGAAAAAAAGAAUGAGAGCAAGAGUCUUUCCUCGUGGCUUCACAGACACCGUUCCUCCAGUAAGGGAGGAUUAGGGCUAACACAUUGGUUUUCUGACCUGAGGGGAGGAAACAGUAGAAAGAAAAAUCACAUCCUUAGUUGUCCUCUUUGAGGGUUUGUGUGUGUGUGUGUGUGUGCGUGUGUGUGCGUGUGCAUGUGCAGUUUGUAAAUCCUCACUUUGUGUUAACAGUGUGUGAAAUAUGUAUUGUUUUUGAUAUGGUACCGAGCUAAAACUUGACUCCCACCGCAAUGUCCUUGGCACCUGUUAACUGUGACCAAGUGUUUAUGUGUGUGUGCGAGAAUGACUGACUGAGUGUGUAUGUUUAUGUCUACAUUCGUACUGAUACCCAUUUUGAUGCCAUAUUGAUAUCUUAAGUAAAACAGUAAUUGGCAAUGUCAUUGUGAUCUUUCUAAUGUUUUAAAAAUGGUCCAUAUUCUUCUUUCUUUUUUUUUUUUUCUUUUUUUGUUUUGCUGCUACUGAUAAUUUUUGUUUCUAUAGUGGACUUAAAUUUGCACAAUUAACGCAAAAAAGAUAUUGGAAUUAAUGCUAUUUUCAGUGACUGUUAAGUUGUUUUUGCACUUUUUAUUUUAUUUUACCUAUUUUUUGUUUUUGUAUGGACUUUUUUUUAUCCUCAUCCAUAUAUGUCUUGACCCUAAUGUCAGCGUUUGUCAUACUGUGUUGCACUGUGAAAUUAAGUGUCUUGACUGGCAAAAAUAUUCCAAUACUAAAUGGCAAAUAAAAACAACUCUGUGAAACUGGGACUAAUCGGCACUUUUACGAUGACUAACUUUGCCAUAUUGCUGAGGUGUUCGGUAUACGUGUGUGUGAGGUCACGCAUGUGUGUGAGAUACUGCAUGAGUCGGUGCGCAUGAGUUCCUUUUUUUUGGGCCGAUGAGCAUGUUUUGGAUAGUUAGAUGGCGUUCGUGUGAUGUGUAGCGGUGCAAAAAAAGUUUCGUUUGAAGGGGUGUGUAGCCUGUCCAAGCCUACUUUGUGUGCAUGCUCUGUGUAUGUGUUUUCACUGUGUGUGUGUGUGUGUGUGUGUGUGUGAGAGAGAAUGUGUGUGUUGGAUGUAUAUAUUUCAGAGUAAUAUGAUUGCCCUUUACACACCAACACACCACCUCAAUUCACUAGAGAGCACAACACACCAUAAAAAGAGAAGCGCUAGGACACUGCCAAAGAGCAACGGACAAUAAUGUAGACAACCUGCUCAUUCAAUAAUCAAUAUGUGCAUCACAAUGAAAUGGACAAAGAAGGGCUUUUCAGACUAAUUAUGGAAUAGGAUUUUGCCAGUAAAAUGGACUACAGGGAUCUAUAUUUUUCCAUUGAUAUUCUGGGUAUUCCAGGGUUUAGACAUUUGGAAACAAUCAAACGUUGGCACUUGAUUUAAACCUAGACUGUGACCACUGACAUAAUCGAUCAUUUAUCACUUCAAAGACAAUCUGAGGCCCAGUCUAGUUCUGUUUCCACCGUCUCCUUGUUCAGAGCUUGUACGAGAACAUGUUUUGGUUGCUUGUUAAUUUUAGUAGUUUUUUAGUUAUUUUUGUGCAACUGAUGUUGCUGUGUUUGAAUCUGAUGGAUCCGCGUGUCUUGACUUUGAAUGGUGCUGUAGUAGUCUGCUUCAGUGACACAUUCAUUAUUGCGAUGAGUUUGAAGGAGAUGGGGGGGGGGGGAGAAAGACGGCUUUUUGAAUAUGACGACGGGAACAAAGGAGGGUUGACAGGAGAUGAGCAAUUAGUUUUUUCUAAAUUCUGUUUAUAUAUUCAGGAGCAUGAUGUUGUUGGCAGACAGACUUUGGUACCUUUGUUUUUCUGUGGGUUUCUUUCACCAGUCAAUGGAAAUAAAAUGCUUUGAGCCUUUUAUAUGGUUGAUAGUUUAUGUAUGUAAAAUCUCUGGAUUUUUAAAAUAAAUCAUGUCGUGCAUGCUGAAGGCCGGA